AUGCUUGGCCCUCUUGUCUUUACACUAUGGCUUACCAGCUCGGCCAUUGCUGCCCCGGAUGACGCGGGUUUGGUCGCAGCACCAGUAAUUGGCAAAUCCCUCAGCAUCCGGGCACUUCCAGACUCCCCAAGCGGUGGCUAUGCACCAAAAGUCGUUGACUGUCCCUCGACGCGCCCUAAAAUCCGACUUGCCGAUGGACUUUCAGAUCAGGAAGAAGCCUGGGUUCGUCGCCGAAGAAACAACACAAUAGAUCCAAUGAAGGAUUUGUUAUCCCGAGUCAACAUCUCAGGCUUUGACGCCGAAAAGUGGAUCGAGAAAAACAAAAAUAAUGCGACUGCGCUACCCAACAUCGCCAUCGCAGCUUCUGGUGGUGGAUACCGAGCCCUCAUGAACGGAGCAGGCUUCAUUUCUGCUGCUGACUCACGCAAUAACGAAUCCGGUGCUAUAAGUGGUCUUCUACAAUCUUCUACUUAUUUGGCUGGUCUAUCAGGAGGUGGUUGGCUUGUGGGAUCCAUCUUUGCCAACAACUUCACCACGAUUCCUGAACUACAAAAAGGUGACAAGGGCUCAGAUAUCUGGGCUUUUGACCGUUCAAUCUUCAAGGGACCAGAAAAGUCAGGUUUCAGCGUUUUAAACACAGCUAAAUACUGGGAUGACAUAAAAGAUGCCGUUGACGAUAAGGCGGAAGGGUGGAAUACUACACUCACUGACUGGUGGGGUCGUGCUCUGUCUUACCAGCUAAUCGAUGCCUCUCAAGGUGGUCCUGCCUAUACUUUCUCCUCCAUCGCCGAUACCUCCAACUUCAAAGACGCAGAUACUCCAUUCCCCAUCCUCGUUGCCGAUGGCCGUGCCCCUGGUCAACGUAUUGUUUCCCUAAACGCAACUGUAUACGAGUUCAACCCCUUCGAGUUCGGAACAUGGGAUCCCACUAGUUAUGGAUUUGCUCCUGUCGAGUACAUUGGCUCUAACUUUACCAACGGAACUGUCGAAAAGGGCGGCGAAUGUGUCCGUGGCUUUGAUCAGUUUGGAUUCGUUAUGGGCACAUCCUCUUCGUUGUUUAACCAGUUUCUGCUCAACAAUAUCACCAAGAUCGGAGAAGAAAAUGACAUUCCUUCCCUUGUCGUAAAGGCACUCAAGGGAGUUUUGGUAGCUUUGGAUACCAACGAUGAGGACAUCGCAGAUUACUCUCCCAAUCCAUUCUACAAGUGGAACCCAACAGGCAAAAGCUACAAUGCCAAGGACCAUCAAUUGACCCUUGUCGACGGAGGAGAGGAUCUGCAGAAUAUCCCACUCCAUCCUUUGAUCCAGCCUGUUCGUGGUGUCGACAUUAUCUUUGCCAUCGAUUCCUCCGCAGACACGGAAAAUAAUUGGCCUAAUGGCACUGCUCUUCGUGCGACAUAUGAUCGUGUCGACUCCAGCUUAGGAAACGGAACUCAGUUUCCUUCAAUCCCAUCAGCUGAAACUUUCAUCAACGAGAAGUUGAAUCAACGCCCAACACUCUUUGGCUGUGAUGCAGACAAUUUCACACUUUCAGACGGCCAAUUACCUCCCCCUCUUGUAUUCUACAUCCCCAACGCACCGUACACUUUCUUGAGCAAUGUCUCUACCUUUGAUCUCUCAUACAGUAUCCCUGAGCGCGACAGUAUCAUUCUAAAUGCCCUGAACGGUGCCACUCAGGGCAAUGGUACUAUUGAUGAGGAAUGGCCCACGUGUGUCGUGUGUGCCAUCAUGAGCCGAAGUUGGUGGAAGGCCAAUGAGACUGUUCCCAAGGAAUGCAGCACAUGUUUCGACAGAUACUGCUGGGACGGGAAGUCGAACAACACAGCUGUCAAGACUUAUGAACCUGGAUUUAUCAUUGCCAACGAGACUGCGGCUGCCGAAGACAAUGCGGCUGUUGCCGGUUUCACGCCGAGUUGGUAUAUGUCUGUCUUUGUUGGAGUGGCUUUGUUCUUGGCUAUCUAG